UAGAGAGAGGGAAGGAGAGGUAGAGAGAGGUUGAGUUGACAGAGUCACACAUUUACUCAGGGACACUGUGGAAUAAUCUCCGCCUUUAACCAUCAGUCGGUCCCGAGUGUCAAAGCGGACGUCGGCGGUGAACCCCCCCCCCAGCUCCGGGCCCGGAGCCCCGCACUGUCCCGCAGCUUGAGAGGCAGCAGAGGGGAGGAGGCGCCCAGAGUCAGAUCAACAGUUGACUGGAUGAAGCUCUGUGAGAAGUUGCUGUUACCAACCAACAAGUAAACCGUCCUUCAAAUCCCUGAGGCUACCUCUUACAAGACGCACAUCUGGUCCAGAAUCAACCGAACCCCCGCCACAGCCCUCACCUAACUUCAACCCACCCAGGAGGAGAUGGAGAACUGACCGAGGGCCAGCAGGCGACGGAAGGCAGCUCCUCCCUCCCCCGUCAGCCAGCCGGCAUGGCAGGGCUCAAGCGCCACCACGAUGGGAAGAUUGCUGGGCUGUAUGACCUUGACAAGACUCUAGGCCGUGGGCACUUUGCUGUGGUCAAACUGGCUCGACAUGUAUUCACUGGGGAAAAGGUUGCAGUAAAGGUGAUAGACAAGACAAAGCUGGACCCGGUGGCACGGGCUCACCUUUUCCAGGAGGUGCGAUGCAUGAAGAUGGUGCAACACCCCAACGUGGUGCGCCUGUACGAGGUCAUCGACACGGCCACAAAGCUCUACCUCAUCCUGGAGCUGGGAGACGGAGGAGACAUGUACGACUGCAUCAUGAAGCACGAUGGAGGCCUCAGUGAAGAGGUGGCCAAGUGUUUCUUUGCCCAAAUUGUCCACGCCAUCUCCUACUGUCACCGGCUACACGUUGUGCACAGGGACCUGAAGCCGGAAAACGUGGUGUUCUUUGAGAAGCAGGGCGUCGUCAAGCUCACCGACUUUGGCUUCAGCAACCGCUUUCACCCUGGGAAAAAUCUCACCACCUCCUGUGGUUCGCUGGCCUACUCUGCUCCUGAAAUACUGCUGGGGGACGAGUACGACGCUCCCGCUGUGGAUAUAUGGAGUCUGGGGGUCAUCCUGUUCAUGCUGGUCUGUGGUCAGCCCCCCUUCCAGGAGGCCAACGACAGCGAGACGCUCACCAUGAUCAUGGACUGUAAAUACACAGUGCCUCCGCACAUCUCCCAUGCAUGCAGCGAUCUUAUAGGCCAUAUGCUGCAGAGGGACCCCAAGAAACGAGCGACCCUAGAGCAGAUCGAGGCCCACGAAUGGCUCCAAGGUGUCGACCCCUCUCCUGCCACCAAGCUGUCCACUCCUCUGGUGUCCCAUCGCAGCCUGUCGGAAGAGGAGCACGGCUCCAUCAUUCAACGCAUGGUGCUCGGCGCCAUCACAGACCGUGACACCAUAACUGAGGCUCUGGAGUCGAAUCAGUACAACCACAUCACAGCUACUUACUUCCUGCUGGCUGAGAGGAUGUUGAGGGACCGGCAAGAGAAGGAGCAACACAGUCAGAUACGAUCACCCAGCCCCAGCAAAGCCCAGUUCAGGCAGUCCUGGCCCACGAGAGUGGAUGUUCACCAGGAUGUCAGUGAUGGCUUAGGGGGUCCGUCUAUCUCCCACCCUGGGGGGCCACAGUCCCCAGCUCGUAGUGCUGAGAGCCUCCUCAAAGGCCCCAGGCCCAAAACAGCUCUGCUGGACCUCAACCAGCGGCAGGACAUCCGCGCUCCUGGAUUCAGCCAACUGCAGCCUGCACGACAGAACCCAGAGAGGGGGCUCAGGCCUCUGGCAAAGCCCCACUCCAAUCUCAUCAGGCUGGGCUCUCUGACCUCAUUGGGCCCGUCUAAACCCCGCAGCCCAAGUCUAUUUAGCGUGGAAGAGGAUGAGGAGGAAGACAGGGAGGAGGACAAAUAUUCAUCCCGCUCUGCACUGCCUACUCAGGUGGUGCUUCGCAGCAAAGCCUCCUCCUCUUCAGCGUCAUCUGGUAACCGUCUGGCAUCGCGUAUGAGCGCUCCGGUCCUGAACCAGAUCCACGAGGAGGUUAAAGAGGAUGAAGAAGAAGAGGAGGAGGGGGGGAGAAAACUGCAUGGACUCGGACUGCCCAAACCGAGCCUCAGCCUCAGUUUGAAUUCUCGAAUAUCAUUGCCGUCAACACUCAUGUCCUCUCCCAUAACUGUAAUGGCACCAGUUGCCACUUUCACCCCCAGCUCAGAGACAAGUGAUGAAGAUACAGACACUCAAGUGGACACGGAAACUGUAGGCGGACAUGGGGUUGAGAGAGAAGGGAGGAAAGAGGGUAAAGAGAAAAGGGUUUCAGGGCAGGGCAGUCCCUCCAACUGUGCCAGUCCUGGAUCAGGCCAAGGCAAAGGCACAGCCAAAGCCCCCAGUGGCUUGGUGGAAAGCCUAAAGCUGAUGAGCCUGUGUCUGAGCUCUCAGUUCCAUAAUCUGACGGGGGGAGGAGGGGUCGUCGGGGGGGGCAGUGCAGUAGGUGUUGGGGGAGACAACCAGGACCGUCCCAUGUGGAGGAUGUGCAUGGGUGGCUCCACAGGUAGCCUGGAUAAGGUCUCGCUCCUGGGUGGCCCCUCACCCAGAGGGAACCUCUACCAAACGCCGGGAGACGUGUUGGCAGACCCGCUGCUGGAGGGCCCCUGCCCGGGCACCCUGAGGCUGGGAGAGCUGGACCUGGCCAGGGAGAACCACAGGAACAUGAAGAACCGCGUGCUGCAGAUGCCUCUGAGCGACAAGACUCUGUCCGUCAACAUCCACCGGAGUCCCAAGGAGGGUCUGCUCUGCACCCCCACCCCACACAGCUGCUGCCAGGUCAUCUAGAGCAGGGGCAGGCGCUCCGUCAGCUGCUGCACCUCCACACUCCACGUACAUCCUGCUUUUGUUUCAGUCAUGUCAGCACUGGCUCCCGACGUAACGUUAUUUAUACAUUUAGCAUUGUUUCCCUUUGUUUAACACUUGCGGUGGACGACUGGGAGAAAGUCCAAAAGUCGACCUUGCACAUUUAGAGACACCAAAAAGUCUCCAUGGAGGAGACUGGGUGCCAUGCCAAGUAUGUGAAGCACUUUAGGCAGAUUUAACGAGACACUGAGGGGACAUUUGAUGCUGCUGGUGUUUAAAUAGGAGACAUUAAAACUGGAUAGGGAAGCUGCUCACAUCUCUGCUCCCACACACUUGUAUAUACUGUACGUACACGACAUUCACACUUACAUCCCUCCAAUAAGCUGAUGAAAAGGGAAAGCUGGUGACUUUUCAGUGUCAUGUUACAUAUCGUAUUCUGUUAAGCUGUUUUUGUAACGUAAUUUUUUUAAUUAUAUUUUGAGACAAUCAUUUUACCAGAUUUGUUUUGUAAUUUCCGACUGAAAGAAUUAAGUUAUGACUGUGUUUUCAUUCCGAUGAGGACAGACAACAGGGUGAAA